AUGCCAACAAAGUACAUCGACCGUCCUAUCCCCCGAAUCUCCCUGGCCGAUUUCGACCAGCGCAUCGAUGAGAUCACUGCGGACCUCGUCCACGCCGCUGAGAAUGUCGGGUUCUUCACGAUAGUCGAUCAUGGUAUCUCUACCGAUGACAUUGAGGCCAUGUUUGCGACCGCCGAGCGCUUCUUUAACCUUCCCGACGACGUCAAGGCCACCGUUCCGUGGAAUCCCAAUAAUGUCGGAUGGGAAAAGAAGUCCCAGGUCAGGCCAUCCACAGGCCAACCGGAUACAAAGGAAUCAUACCAGUUACAGUUCGGAGAGAAUAUGACCAACAUGUGGUUGGACGAUGUCCACCUCCCCGGGUUUCGCACAACGUCCCUGACGUUCAUGCAUCGCGUGCAGGGAGUGUCGGAACAAUUGAUGCGGUGCUUUGCACGCGGGCUCGGCUUUCCAGACAUUUACUUUAUCAAACACCAUGAUGUGUCUCGUGCCAACGAACAGACGACCAUGCGACUGUUGCAUUACUUUGCUCUACCGGAAAAGCCGGACGGAAACACGUAUCAUCGGGCUGGUGCCCAUGCCGACUGGGACUUUCUGACGCUGCUGUUUCAAAGGGAUGGGCAAAACGGACUGGAAAUAUGUCCCGGUCGCGAAGCUGUUACGGAGUUUGGGAUCAGCGAUGAAUGGACUCGUGUGGAAGCGCGCACUGGCGAGAUCGUUUGUAACAUUGGGGACUUGCUCAUGUCGUGGUCGGAUGAUCGCUUUAAAUCGACCUUUCAUCGUGUCAAAGCCCCGUCGGAACCGGGGGAUUACUACGGCGAUCGGUACAGCAUUGCAUAUUUCAAUCAGCCAUGCAAGGAUGCGCUCAUCCAGGGGCCGAAGAAGAAAUAUCCGAUGCUCACGGGAGAACAGUUCAAUGCCCAGGCUAUGCAAAGAAACUUUGCUGCUCUGCAGGAGAAGCUGAAGACCAUGGAGGCGUCGGCCUAA